CUCCGUGGCCGUACGAUGGCCACGUUCAAUCCCAAUGAACCAUAAAAAUUAUAUAUUAAUCUUUUUAUUUUAUUUUAUUCUUCUGAAUUCUGACUGUCAGCGGCAAAUUAAAUAAAUAAAUAAAAGAAAGGAAAAAUCAAUCUUAUCUUUGGGUUCCACUUGCCAUGGCGUCGACUUCCACACUGAAAUUGGAUUUGUACAGGCAUUAUUAUUAUGAUAAUAAUAAUAAUAAUAAGGCCAUGGCCAAGGCCAAAGCCAAAGCCAAAGCCAAGGUCGAUGCCUUUAACAACAAAAUCAGGCUCAGGCCUCGCCUCCUCCUCUUUCCUCUGAAAUCAUCCAGGUCCACCGCCCGUACUACUACUGCUGCUGCCGCUACUACCACAACCACUCCUGUCAUGAAGAAGCUGACGGAUGAGGAGUUGCAGAAGGGCAUUGCUAACUUCUACGACGAGUCGUCGGGUAUUUGGGAGGACAUCUGGGGAGACCACAUGCACCACGGCUUCUACGACAUCGAUGCCCGGCCAUCUGUUUCCGAUCAUCGCACCGCCCAGAUCCGGAUGAUCGAGGAGGCCCUCCGAUUUGCCGGCCUUUCUGAUGAGACAGGGACAGGGGAGGAGGCAGAGGCAAUUAAUAUCAAAAGUGUGGUGGACGUCGGAUGUGGGAUAGGGGGCAGCUCUAGAUACUUGGCUGCCAAAUACGGGGCCAAAUGCGAGGGCAUCACUCUCAGUCCUUACCAAGCUCAUAGGGCCAAUGCUCUUGCCUCUGCUCAGGGAUUGGCUGACAAGGUUUCGUUCCGAGUAGCAGAUGCUUUGCAGCAACCAUUUGGCGAUGGUGAAUUUGAUCUAGUAUGGUCCAUGGAGAGUGGGGAACAUAUACCUGACAAGACUAAGUUCGUGAAUGAACUGGCUCGAGUAGCAGCACCGGGCGGCAGUAUAAUAAUAGUAACGUGGUGCCAUAGGGAUCUUGGGCCUGGUGAAGAAUCCUUGAAGGAGUGGGAGCAAAAUCUGCUGAAUAAGAUAUGUGAUGCAUAUUAUCUUCCUGCCUGGUGUUCCACUAGUGAUUACGUCCGCUUACUUCAAUCUCUUGCUCUCCAGGACAUCAAGGCAGCAGAUUGGUCUCAGAAUGUUGCUCCAUUCUGGCCGGCUGUGAUACGAUCUGCACUUACAUGGAAAGGCUUCACUUCGCUUUUGCGCAGUGGAAUGAAAACAAUUAGAGGAGCCUUGGCAAUGCCAUUGAUGAUCCAAGGUUACAAAAAGGGUGUCAUUAAGUUUGCCAUAAUUACCUGUAGAAAACCUCAAUAAAACAACAACUUGCAUUUCAACACCACUACUGCCACCACUACCCAAUCAAUUCCCAUCUUCUAUUUUCAUUAUUAUAUUUUUCCAAGUGAUAGCCACAUUGCUUGAAUGGAGGUGGGAUGCUCAUGCUCAGUCUCAUUCUUGGCUAGGACAGAUUUUUUAACCGUUCGCAUGCAAUGUCGCAUUUCAUUAGUUUUUUCUUUUCCAAUGUAUGUUUUUCUCACUUCUUGCGAUUUGGGAGGCCCUCAUCUUAAUUUCA